AUGUAUCCUAAUAACGUACCACCACAGGGUCAGCAGCAGCCUUAUCCUGCAGCACCCUUCGCUGGUGCGCCCGGCUACGCAGCUCCACCACCAGCGCCCGCUCCAGCACCAAGUCCUCAACCAGUUAUCCUGAAUAUUCAACAAAAUGCUGCUCCCACUCCUCCUACUUUGGCAGCUCCUGUACCGAUUCGAUCAGCCCAACCAUCACCAACUCCAUCCUACAAGCCGCCACCUUCACCAGUUAUAAUGCCACAAGAGGAAUCGAGCAAUUCAUGUGGCAAGUUUUGUCUCGGCAUUAUUUGCUGUCCUGUGAUCUUUUUUGGAAUUCUAGUCAUCAUUGCUCUUAUUUCUAGAGCUUCUAGUAGCGGCUUUGAUGGUCCGGUUUCUACUGGACCUAACUGCGGCGAAAACGUUUACACUACGACUAGCUUACCAUACAAUCAGUCACCAACUCCAAGCUCUUCUUUCUGCCAACAAGGUUCAAUCAACUCCAAUACUGUAGAAUUUUGCGAGGGCAGUAACCAUUAUGAAUAUUCUGUUUCGACUUCUGGAACCAUACAAUCGCCAAAUUACCCAAACGGAUACUACCCAUGGCAUACUUGCACGAGCAGAUUCACGACUUCUUCCGAUGGAAUCACUUUCAAUUUUAACAAUUUUACCAUGCAAAGCUAUGAAUCCCUGACCUUCAGCAACAGCACGAAUGAAGAUUAUGCUUUUUCCGGAUCAUAUUCUUCAGGAACGCGAUUUUCAUUUUCUUCAUCGUCCGUGACUGUUUUCUUUGUCAGCGAAUCUGGCUAUGAUUAUAAUGGCUUUCAAAUCGAUGUUAUCAACGGGUACGAAUCAUACAACGACGUUGGCUACGUCUACGCCAACGUGAGUCCUUUCAAAAAAGACACAUAA